CGUAAUCAAAGCGAGCCUCGAUACGCGCUUCACAAAAACUCCCCCGAGCUUCGACACAUCAGUACUGUUACGUUCAUUAAAAAAUAUUGAAGUUUAAAUCUGAGGAAGAUGCAGGAUGAUGCACGUUAUCUCAAACGCAAAGUGACUGUGGGCGGUUUGGACGUCCAUCCCACAGAGAAGGCCCUUGUAGUCCACUAUGAGGUGGAGGCAUCUAUCCUUGGAGAGAGUGGAGGACAUAUGCUUGGAGAACGCAAGGAGGGACAAAAAAUUAUCCGCAUGAAAAGUCUUUCUCCUAGUACAGAUGUGGGAGCUUUGGCAAAGAAAGUGCUGGAGGAGUGUAAGAUGAUCCCUGCUUCCCGUCUGCCCCAGGUGGAGCAGCUCCUGUACUACUUGCAGAACAGGAAAUCAUCCCCAGUGGAGAGCAAGGUGGAAAAAAAAGAAAAAAGAACAGUUAAGCCCAAAGAAUUGACACCAUUUGAAGGCAUAGAGUUAAAUGAGGAGGCCAGUAUAACUAGAGUGGAUGAGUAUAUUGAACUGCUCUAUGAAGGGAUUCCAGAGAAGAUCAGAGGCUCAGCUCUCAUCCUGCAGCUUGCCCGUAACCCUGAUAACCUGGAGGAGCUACUGCACAAUGAGACAGCUCUUGGUGCUUUGGCCAGAGUACUUAGGGAGGAUUGGAAGCAGAGUGUAGAUCUAGCCACCAUCAUCAUUUAUAUAUUCUUCUGCUUCUCCAGUUUCUCCCAGUUUCACGGGGUGGUGAGUCAUUAUAAAAUAGGCGCCCUGUGUAUGAGUGUGGUGGAACAUGAAUUGAAGAGAUACGACGCGUGGCGUGAGGAGCUACGCAAGAAAAACAAGGCCUGUGAGUCCGCACCAGAGAAUGGCUCCCUGAGACGAGACCAGGAUAAGGCUCUCAGAAAAUACCAUGGCCUUUUGGCUAAGCAGGAACAGCUGCUCAGAGUGUCUCUUUACCUCUUGCUGAACCUUGCUGAGGAUACGAGGACAGAACUGAAGAUGAGGAAUAAAAACAUUGUUGGCUUGUUGGUCAAAGUUCUUGAACGUGAUGAUGAGGAGCUGCUUGUCCUGGUGGUUUCUUUCCUUAAAAAACUCUCCAUCUUUCUUGAGAAUAAGAAUGACAUGGCUGAGGUGGAUACAGUGGAGCGGUUGGCUCGCCUGGUUCCCUGUAAACAUGAAGACUUAUUAAACUUGACUCUACGUUUGCUGCUCAACCUCUCCUUUGACUCUGGACUUAGAGCCAAGAUGGUAGAAGUUGGCCUGUUACCUAAACUCACUGCCCUGUUAGGGGAUGAGAACAACCGACAGAUGGCAAUGCGUAUCCUGUACCACAUCAGCAUGGAUGACCGGUUCAAGGGCAUGUUUGUUUACACUGACUGCAUACCACAGCUAAUGCAAAUGCUGUAUGAGCAUGGCGAGGAGGAAAUUGAAACUGAGCUCAUCUCCAUCUGCAUCAACCUGGCUGCAAACAAGAAGAAUGCACAACUCAUGUGUGAAGGAGAUGGAUUGAAGAUGCUCAUGAAAAGAGCUCUGAAGAUGAAAGACUGCCUCCUCAUGAAGAUGAUCAGAAACAUCUCACAACAUGAUGGCCAAACCAAAUCACUGUUCAUAGACUAUGUUGGUGACCUGGCAGCAGAGAUUAAAGCAGAGGAAGAAGAGGAGUGGGUUCUGGAGUGUCUGGGGACUCUAGCCAACCUCACCAUCCCUGACCUGGACUGGGAGUUGGUGCUGAAGGAGUAUAAUCUAGUACCUUACCUUAAAGACAGACUUAAACCAGGUUCAGCAGAGGAUGAUCUCAUCCUGGAGGUGGUCAUAAUGAUCGGAACGGUAUCCAUGGAUGAUGCCUGUGCUGUCAUGUUGGCUAAAUCUGGCAUUAUUCCUGCACUUAUUGAGCUACUGAACGCCCAGCAGGAGGACGAUGAGUUUGUAUGCCAGAUUGUCUACGUCUUCUAUCAGAUGGUGUUUCACCAAGCUACACGUGAUGUCAUCAUCAAAGACACCCAGGCUCCAGCUUACCUCAUUGAUCUGAUGCAUGACAAGAAUGCAGAAAUUAGAAAAGUGUGUGACAACACCCUUGAUAUUAUUGCUGAAUAUGACGAAGAGUGGGGCAGGAAAAUUCAGUCAGAGAAGUUCCGUUUCCACAACAACCAGUGGCUGGAGAUGGUUGAGAGUCGGCAAGCAGAUGAGUCUGAGCCUUAUCUUUAUGAUAACGACAAUGACCGGACUGAUCUCUUCUACAGUGCAGAUGGAAUAACUCCAGGAGAUGGCUCAGUCAGCCCAGACUUCUUCAGUGACCUGCAACCACAGAAUGGAGACUCGCACCAUGCAGGAGACGCUUGCGAUGUUUUCGACCAGACCAGCUCAUCACCUGCACGACCAGCCACGGCCUAUGGCUUCAGACCCGAUGAGCAGCCCUUUUAUCAGUACUCAUAGACACUUCUGCUUUGUUCGCAUCGUCUUUGAGCCGUUCCUCUCCACCAUCAAGUGCAUAUUCACACAUUAUCUACAACUCCACUCUCAUUGUUUAAUUUAUUAAAGUGACAGCCCCUUGCAGUGUAGCAUUUCAUAUGCCUCAUCUUGACAUGUUAAGAAUAGUUGUAGUUAUUCAGACAGUGCUUUCAAAUGCUGAAAUUAAUUAUACAGACCACACUAACACUGCAGAUUGCAUACAAUUUUCACUUAGUUAUUUCAUCUAUUUACAAUCAUCUCAAGCAGAACUAGUUACGUCUUUCUUUAAAAUUUGCUGCUGUAUGUUGGUAGGUUUUGCUUUUCUUUUCUUUUUUUUUUCUUAUGUGAUAUUUAAUAUUUAUACAAAAAUAUUCCACACCGUUAUUGAACUGUUGGAGAUCCUUCACUUUGGCUCCUCCAAAACCAUGUCAACAUGUGACAUUUAUUUAAUGAGUUUACAGCAUGUUUCUUUUAUCUAUUUCUCUGUAAAAUGGGAACAUUGUUGUUACAGCCUAGGGUGCUUUCACACUGGCCAGCUAGUCUGGAUCUCCACAAAAAGACUUCCUCCUUGUGUAUUAGUCGGGGAUAGGUUUCAGUUCAUGGUAAAUGUUGCAUAAGUAAAUUUGUGACUGUUAAAAGGUCCAAGUUGAUGUAGGAGCUGAAUGCUGACCAACAGAUAAAAGCCUGGUGCCUACAUUACCUGCAGGGCAGUGUAGUUGCUGACAGUUUGUUCAAAUCUUUCUGUGAUCCGCUGGUAUAGCCUGAAGUCUGCAGCAGAGAGGAGAGCAGGCUGCAGUCUGCUGAGCCACAUUGACAUUUUUUUUAACUGUAAAAUUCUUCAGCUCCUUAAGUGAAAUUCUAUGUUAGCAUUACUAGAAAUUAGGAAACUGCAAAGGCUUUAAACACCUGUCCCCCCCCCCCGCCCCCCUUGUUUUUGUUUUUGUUUUGUUUUUUAUAUUGAUGUGCAAUAGUGAGGUGCUGUCUGUUUCCAUCUCUGUUACUACAAGCUGCAAAAUAAAAUUUCAUCACGUUUUUCAUGA